AGGUAAUUUUAUGAGAGAAAAAAGAAUGGAAUUAAAGAAGCCUCUGAUUGGAGCCAUUGUUGUUCAAAUCACAUACUCUGGAAUGAGUAUUUUGGCAAAAGCUGCUUUUACUUCUGGUAUGAACAACUUUAUUUUUAUUUUCUAUAGGCAAGCUUUUGGAACUCUCUUCCUUAUUCCUCCUACCAUCCUUUUCAAAAGAAAGGAAGUAGCAUGUUUAUCAAUUGGAGAUAUGUUCAAGAUUUUCAUGUUGGCCUUACUUGGGAGGACGUUGGUAUUGAUAGCUUAUGGAUUAGGUGUUAAAUAUACAUCUGCAGUUUCGGGUGCUGCUGCUUUUAAUGCUCUUCCUGUCACCACUUUUUUAUUUGCUCUUCUUCUAAGGAUGGAGAAAUUGAAGGUGAAAAAAGCAAGUGGAAUGGCAAAAGUAGGAGGGCUAAUGUUGUGCGUUGUUGGUGUUUCAAUACUUGCAUUUUACAAAGGCCCUUUCAUGAAACCACUCUUCAAUUUUCAUCUUUUAGAAACUCCACACCAUAAUAAUCCUCAUCCUUCUAAUUCUUCUCCUCAACCUCCUCAACACACUUGGGCUCUCGGUUGCUUUAUGCUUCUCGUUUCUUCCAUCUGUUCUGGCCUUUGGCUCGUUCUUCAGGCAUUGGUUUUGAAGCAUUCCUGUCCAUCUCCACUUGUGUUAACCUGUGGACAAACCUUGUCAAGCGCUUUCCAAACAUUUGUUGUGGCCAUUGCAGUUGAAUCAAAUCCUUCAGAAUGGAAGUUGGGUUGGAACAUUCGUCUCUUUUCCGUUCUUUACUGUGGAAUUUUUGUGAUCUGCACUGGGAACUAUUUGGCAUGCUGGGUGAUCAAGAAGAAGGGUCCAGUUUUUCUAGCAGCUACAACUCCAUUGAAUCUCAUUGCUACUCUCAUUGCUUCACAAUUUUUACUAACUGAUGGAACCAGCUUGGGAAGUUUAAUAGGUGGAACAUUGCUGGUUCUCAGUCUUUACAGUGUGUUAUGGGGACAAAGCAAGGAAAAGGAUUGUGAGAAUACACAAAUUAAUCUUAUUAAUAAUAGCGAUCCAAUUCCAUCGGAAAAGGAAAUUGGAGAUUUACAUGAUAUCAACCAAAUUUCCAUUUCCAAGCCUUAAAUCAUUGUAACCUAAUUUGAAAAUUAGUUAAACAUAUGUACUCUUCAUCUAUAGCAUACACAUACCAUAAUGUAACCUAUUAUAUCAAACAUCUAAUAUAUUGUUUACGUUAUAUAUUACAACA